AUGGCAGGAUCGGGCACCGCUGAGCUUCGCACGCCAGUUUUCAAUGGAGAAAACUAUGAGUUCUGUAGUAAUCGAAUGAAAACCAUUCUGAAAUCUCAUGGGUUGUGGGAUUUUGUUGAAAAUGGUUUCGAUGUUUCAGAUCCAGCGAAGGAUAAGAAGAAGAUAGAAGAGACUGCGGUCGCUGAAGUGGAGAAGCCUACGAUGGCAGAGCUUCUAAUGAAGGAUGCUCGCGCACUUGGGUUGAUCCAAGGUGCCGUUUUAGAUCAAAUCUUACCCAUAAUUGUGAACGAGAAGACCUCAAAGGGUGCUUGGGACAUUCUAAAUCAGAAGUUCAGAGGAGAUAAGCAAGUAAGGAGCUUAAAAUUACAAGGUUUGCGUUGUGAAUUUGAAUACACUCGUACGAAAGAUAGCGAGUCAUUAUCUAUAUACCUUGCUAGACUGUUCGAUAUAAUGAAUCAAAUGAAGAGUUAUGGUGAGGAUCUGUCUAGGGAAAGAGUUGUGCAAAAAUUGUUGAUUAGUUUGCCUAGAUCAUAUGACCCUAUUUGCUCUGUGAUUGAACACUCUAAGGACCUUGAAACUCUUGAGGUUCAAGAGGUUGUUGCCUCUCUGAAAAGCUUUGAGCUCAAAUUGGAUAGACAUGCUGAAGACUCUACAGAAAUGGCUUUUGCUAGUCUAAAUGUUGGAGGCAAAAAUUCUGCAGGUGGAGGGAAGCCUAAAUGCACAAGUUGUGGGAAGUUUGGGCAUGUGCUCAGAGACUGCAAUGGAAAUAAAUCUAUACAGAAGGUGAACUAUGUAAACCAGGUUGAAGAAACUGGUGAUAAAAGGUUACUAGUUAACAUUCAAAGGAAUCUGACUUCCAAGGUGAAGAUGGGAACUGGAGAAAUUGUGCAGGUUGCAGGAAAGGGAACUCUUGUGAUAGAGACCAAAUUGGGAAGGAAGCACAUUUAA